UGUAUAGUCGUGGACAAGUCCUGCUCUCUUUGUUGUGGUUUGGACAGCAGCAGCAGCAGCAGCACACUCUGCCUGUUGUACCGCAGCCAAGGAGGCAGUCCUAGAUCAUAAGACUCCUCUGUUUCUGCUCAUCUCACUGAAAAGAACUGCAUCUUCAUGCUCCUACUCAACUACGUAAACUGAGUAACUGACAUGAUUUGGAUCACUUUGUUUUGGCUUCAUAUUCUCCCAAAUCUGCUUGCAUUGCCAAACAUAACUCAGGACAUAAACAACAGCCCACUCAGUGAACCUGUGACGUUAUCUGAGACCUUUGAAGAUGUGUCUCUCAGAAGCCACAAGGACCAGCCUGGCAGAGAUCCAGGCAAAGAGAAGUGCACGGUACCGUGCGAGAUGACGGCGAAACUCAUGCGGGAUGAGAAGCAUUCUUUCUGCAAUAACCUCCAGCACGCCAUGACAACAUACGCCAGAGGUACGAGAAAGCUGAUCAGAGAUCUAAUAGAUGAACAGCAGAAGACUCUGGAAUUCCUCACCAGCCAGGUAAUGGAACUUAUGACCAAAGUCCACGCUCUCAGCUCAGAGGUGCAGAGAAGCAACAGUGAGAUGUUUGCUUUGAAGCCCCUCCAUGCGCAUGGCAAAGACUGCAGCGACAUCAAGGAGACACUAGGGGCAGUAGCUCCAAAAAUACCCAGUGGGAUUUACAUUAUAAACCCUGACAAUUCUGAACUAUUAUUUGAGGUGUUCUGUGAGAUGGAUUACAUGGAAGGCGGCUGGACUGUAAUACAGAGACGGACAGACGGCUUCACAGACUUUAAGCACUCCUGGACAAACUAUCUUGAUGGAUUUGGCCACUUACCAGGAGAACACUGGCUGGGUUUAAGGAAGGUCUUCAGCAUCGUCAGUCAGAAGAACACGCGUUUCCAGAUGCACAUUUCACUGGUCUCUCAAGACGACUCCACUGCGUUCGCCUCCUACGACAACUUCUGGCUUGAAGAUGAAAGCAAAUUUUUUGCAAUACACCUCGGCAGAUAUGCUGGUAGUGCAGGUGACGCCUUUAGGGGAUACGACCAAGAGCAGAAUCAGGACACAGCACCUUUCAGCACCUCUGACAUGGAUAAUGAUGGCUGUGUCCCAUUCUGCACUUUUAACGAGACAGCUGUGGAGAGCUGCAGCGUGCAUCACAAUAACACAGGCUGGUGGUUUAACCAGUGUGGCAGAGCAAACCUUAAUGGCUCCCCUCUGGACCAGGAUCGCUCUACUCAGCCACACAUGCGCUGGGACACAUGGACUAAGAACGGGCAGCCGGUCAGCAUCAAGUCAGUGACGAUGAAGAUCAGGAGAGUCGAUGGGUCCAACCUAAAAUAAGCUUUAUGAGCUUUAGGUAAUGGGAUCCCAGCCAACAUGAUCAUGUGAUUUUAGGCUGGAAUGUGCUUUAAGUGGGUUUGUAUAUAUGUUUGUAAAGGGACCAAUCAUCAAAGCCUGCCUUAAUCUUAUAUACAGUAGGUCCCAGCUAUGCCCCAUGUGCAGUGUGUACAACCUAGAUGGGAUGCAUGUUUUGCCUGUUACUGACAUUCAUAUUUGGGGCUAAAUUGGAGCCUAUGGACAAACAUUUUGGGCACUGUCACUAUAAUCAGAGGAUCGCUGGUUCGAAUCCUGAAUCAAGCUGCCUUUCCAUCAGCAGCCGGAGUCUGAGAGAGAGAGCACAAUUGGCCAUGCUCUUUCUGGGUGGGUAAAUGGCGCCCUUUUUUCCCCUCAUCAUUCCUAGUAUAAUGUUGGUCAGCACAGGCAUCUGAUAGCUGAUGUAUCAGAGCUGUGGGCACUUUCCUCCAAGUGUACUGGCUACCCAAUGAUGCUACUACAUCAGUGGCAAUUAAAAAAAGUGGUUGUCCUAAUGAGUGGGUUGGGUACAGUAAUUGACCUUUCAAAAUGGGGAAUAAAACUGGAAUAAAAUUAGAAAUACAUGGGCAUGUUCUCUGGGAUGGUAUUUUUUUAGGUUGGUGGAAUAGUUUACUAAUAGUUAGUCAAAAUGCACUUUUUAUCAUGAUAUUCUGUGGAAAUAAACAUGGCGGGCUCAACAAACUGGUGUUUAAAUGAAAUUCUUUGAAACUAAA